ACGGCGCGGUGUCCCAUCGGCGACUGCCGCAUUCUCACGUGACCCGCUAAAAAGUUGAUCUUCGAUGGUUUUCGAGGUGCAAGCUUAAGAGGUCAUUCCACUCGAGUGAAACUAGCGAGCAGGAUGGCGGACGUGAAGAAGCGAAAGGCUGGAGAGCGCACAUCAGGUCCUCAAAAGCGAGCUGCUAAGAGGAAGCACUUACCUCGGCGGCCGUCAUCCCCCGAGCUCAGUGACGUUGCUACGUCUGGUGAAAAUGUUGUCGGCACGCUGGUCAUGGAUCCUAUGAUCGAUCCUGAUGACUCGCCAGCCUCAUCUGAAGGGGGAGAGGAUGUGUCGGAAGGCUGGGUUGAGGGUGUAGAGAACGAAGACGGGGACGGUGAUGACGAUGAUGUCGAAGAUUUUGGAGGGUCGGUAGAGGAAGAGGCGGAAGAAGACGAUGUGGAGCCAGAGGCUGGGCCAUCCACCACGAAGCCGAAGCCGACGCCGAAUGGCAAGAGUAAAUAUCGUCCGCCGACAAUGGAGGAGCUGGAGACACUACGUCAGACCGAAUCAAGCGGUGGAAAUACAUUUGCACUUCAAUUGGACGCUCUCCUCACAUCGACAUUAUUGUCCAAGACCCCUCCUGCUGGACUGAAGGAUCUCUUAGCAACUAUCCAUUCGCAUAUUAUGUCGCUUCAUUCUUUACCUGCUCUGCUUCCGCCAAAAGCCUGUAAACGGUUUGGACAGGCUAUCCCCUUUCCUGGGCCAGAUGUUUUCCACCCGCUCAAAAGAGCCGAUGUGAAGUGGACUUUGGGCUGGGAGAAGCCAGAGGAGGUGAUCAUUGGUGGGAGUUGGGGUGUGUGUGGAGGAUAUAGAAAGGGAAAGAAAGAGAUGGGCGAUGUAAAUGUUGUGGCUGUCAUGCCAGCGGCCCUGUUCUCACCAAAGGAUCGUAUGGAUUUUCGAUACUUUCAUAAGCGAAUUUACUACCUUGCCAUAAUCAAGAAAUCUCUCGAGAUGCUCGGAGAGAAAUCAGGCGCAUCUUUGAGCGGUAUCAAGGUUCGAUGGGAAGACGCACACGGGGAUAGCAGGCGGCCCAUCAUCGUCAUUUCUGCAGGCAAAGAACAAGGUCUCCGUGACUCAGUCGAGAUCAGUGUAUCCGCAGCUGCGCCGGGUGCCCUCUUUCAGCCAUCGUCUCUCUCCCCGAGCAAGUCGCUCCUCAGGGAUGCCGGUAUUCCCGAGUCAGCUCAGACGCCCCUAUACUCCACGUCCAUCAUUCAGGAUACUCUGCACAAAGCCCAUCUCUUACACCUACAUCACCUCAGUCAAUUCGCCACCGUCGAUAGGAUGGUCGAUGCAUUUCUCGCGCUGUGGCGCAUAUGGGCUUCUCGGAGAGGUUUACAAAGGCAUCGAGGUGGCAGCGGUUGGUUCGCAUCCAUGCUUCUGGGAUGGGUCAUGGACGGCGUGUUGAUUGGUGGCUCCGGAGGGGAUCGGACAAAGUUUCGAAGGGAGCCAGGGCUUGGCAAAAGUCUCACUGCGUGGGCAGCCUUGAAAGCAGCUUGGGAAAGGAUAGGGAGUAUGGAUCUAAGCAAGCGUCCGGUAUCUCUCUGUGUAUCGCAAGAUCCCAUGAUUCCCUUGCCGCAAAUACUGGAGUCAUUCUCUGUCGCAUUGGUGGACCCCACCGGCAGCAUCAAUAUUUUCGCCGAAUGGGAUGAGGGUGACAUUGAACUGCUGCAAUAUCACGCCCGCGAGACCUUGGCGUUGCUGGAGCAUGUGGAUGAGGAUCAUUUCUCAGACGUCUUUCUGAGGAAUCUCAGCAUAACGUCGGGGGUGUACGACGAUUUCUUAACAAUCGACAUCUCCAGCAUCCGCCUCGACACUGACGUAUUAGAAGAGAGUGAGCGGACUACGAAGCUCCGACGAGCUUCACAAGCUAUCAGCUCCUUGCUUCGACGGGGUCUCACCGAUAGGGUCAAGCUCGUUCACUGUUCAGUGGAUCAGGAUCAUCCGGAUUCUGUUCAUGUGGGACUGAUAUACAAUUCAUCGAGCGCCACUCGAGUUAUGGACAUUGGACCGUCUAGCGAUUCCAAGGCGGAGGGUCAAGCCUUUAGAGAAUUCUGGGGAGACAAAGCGGAGCUCAGAAGAUUCAAAGACGGCUCAAUAUCCGAAAGCGUGGUCUGGAGCAUUGUUCGGCCUGAAGAAGCAACCACCAUCCCAUACCAGAUAGUCUGUUGGCUUUUGCAACGCCAUUUGGACAUCUCAACUCCUCAGGUCACCACCUUCUCUGCCAAGCGAUCGUGGAUGGACAUUUUACAGGUCGACGCUGCAGCUCGAGAUGCCAUCAAUGUGGCUGGAUCUGAAAAACUAGGCUUCCGACCGAUAUUGGACGGCUACGAAGAGCUGUACAAGCUGCUCAAGUCCAUCGAUAACGAGCUACCACUUUCCAUCCUUCAAGUACAGCCUGCGUCCGAGCUGCUUCGAUACUCCACGACAUUCGUUCCUCACCCAAUCGACAUUGCUCGAUACCCGACUGCACCCGACUGUCUGAAGUACGUUUCUAGAGCGGAGAUCGUGGUCCAGUUUGAGUCCUCUCCACGAUGGCCCGAUGACCUCGCUGCGAUUCAAAAGGUCAAAUUUGCGCUCAUGGAGAAGCUCGCGGGGCUAGUACGUCACGCUCAGCGAGACAGCACAAUCAAUAUUGUCUUUGAUCCUCACGCGAGCGAGAUCGAAGAUUCGGCGGGUCUGGAGAUCCUCCUCGGAUCUGGAGUAGCUUUCCUACUUCGCAUCUAUCACGAGCGAGAACGUACUCUGUUGGAUAGAGCUAUAGAGGGAGACGCGCCUGCGUUCGGUACUUCCCUCCCGCUGCCUCCCCGUCGCCUUGCGAUUCCUGCUCUGGAAUUACACGUCCGACGCUUCAUUCACUUACCGCGACAUCAUGCGACCAUUGCUCCUCUACAUCAUCGAUAUCCUUCGUAUUCCUCCGCUUGUAGAUUGCUCAAACGAUGGUUCUCAGCUCAUAUGCUCAGUCUCAAGAUCGAAACCGAAGCCAUCGAGCUGCUCAUGGCCAAAGUGUAUUUGCAGCCUGGAUCUCUAGGAUGUCCUGCAAGUGCACCACAAGGAUUCGUACGAGCCAUCAAGGUGUUGACGGAAUGGGAUUGGAAAAUUGAGCCGAUCAUUCUUCCCCUGUCUGGUGAGGCUGGGAAAUCCGGUAGACCAAGGAUGGAUGGAGAGGUGCAAAAUGGGAUCGUGAGGCAAUUUGAAGCCCGUAGAACGAAGGACAAGACCUACCUUCACUCUGCGUGGGUUAUCGCGACGGAGCAGGACCACACCGGACUUCGAUGGACCAGUGGUAUCUCCAAGGUCGUAGCAAAUCGAGUGAGGUCUUUGGCAAGAGCGACUUUGGAGGCAAUCAGAACUGCCACCCUGUCUUCAGAACUGGAUAUAAGGGCGCUAUUCACCACUCCUUUGGCAGAUUACGAUGUACUCGUUCAUCUGCAUUCGGGUAUCUUACCUACGUAUGCUCAAGGCGUCCACGCCGACGCGGCGAACUGGGUUUCGGAAGCCCGCUUCAAGAAUGCCCGACGAACAGUCUAUGGGGACGAAAUUCGAAUCGCGUUCGAUCCCGCUCUGGCAUUUGCUCAAGAUAUCCAGCGCUUGUAUGGCGACACUCUUCUCGUCUUUUUCGACCAGCACGGCGGUCAAGUCAUAGGUCUUCUGUGGAAUCCUGACAAGGUGCCUUCGAGAGCGCUGAAGCCUUUCUUGGGAUACUCCACCAAGCCGAGCGCUGGCGAGGCUGCACUCGUAACACUCGAUAAGGAUGCUGUCAUUACUGAGAUCCAGAGACUAGGCGAGGGACUGAUCAAGAGCAUUGUAGUCAAAUGACAUUAUGGAACGAGAACCUCAGGUCGGACAGUUGCCUGCGUGGGAGCAUGGUCA